AUGCGACCGGCGAUUUGUCGGCUCUCAGACUGUGCGAGCCUCCAAGUCGCCGCGUCGUCCUCGACACCGUCCUCGACGUCGGCCUCGACGACAUCCACGACGCCGACCCUCCUUUCGUCGUCUGCAAUGUACGCGCAGGGCCAGUCACGUCCCUCCUCCGCUUAUCUUCCCGACACCGCCCCCCAGCGCCCAUACACCGAGUAUGACCAGCCCGACGCCCAACAGGACGCUCAGUAUACCGCUCAGUAUGCCCGCCACGGUCGUCCUCCGCGUUCAUCAUCCAUGCAGGGUCGCUCUCCCUCGCGGCCAGCGCGGUCGUCCUCCCGUCCUCCGACGCAGUUUGAGCCCCAGUACGAUGCCUACGCAUAUGACCAGGAGCUGCCGACACCGCCGGACCAGGAUGCGGAUGAUUUUUAUACCGCAUCUCAGACGAAUCUCUACGACGAACAGCCGUAUCCAGCACAGUCUAUUGCUCCUCAGUCCGUUCGCGCACCCUCACCGCCCCCCGCACCCGUCCUCGACCACUCUCAUCUGCGCCCAGGCAACCAGGCAGCUCUCCUCUCCCAUGAGCGCACGCUCGAGCUUUAUCGCGCCAACGCAAAGAAGACGCAGGAUCCAGACCUGCAGUUCGAGUUCGCCGUUUUCAUGAUUGAUGCAUCGAAGAAUAUGCCCAUCCCCGAACCCACGCCUGGCAAUGUGAUGGACGUUGAGAAGGCCGUCCAGAAGCGUGAGGACCUCAUUCGUGAGGCCACAUCCCUCCUCAAGCGUCUCGCGGAUCGCGGCCACAUGCCCUCCCAGUACUUUCUCGCAGAUUGCUACGUCAACGGCAUCGGCACACACAAGAGCCGCCAGGACUUUGAUCGCGCCUUUCCGCUCUUCGUGCUCGCCGCCAAACACGGCCAUCCCGACGCUGCUUACCGUGCAGGGACGUGUUGCGAGAAUGGCUGGGGCUGCCGCCGUGAGUCUGCGAAGGCCAUACAGUUCUACCGCAAGGCUGCGGCCGCCGGGCACCCCGGUGCCCUCUACCGUCUGGGUAUAGCCGAGCUUAACGGAGAGCUUGGAAUGUCCAAGAGCCCCAGGGAAGGUGUCAAGUGGCUCAAGCGUUCCGCCGAGCACGCUACCGCCGAAUAUCCGCACGCCCUCCACGAGCUCGCGCUUCUUCACGAACGAGGGAUCGACAACGUCCUCUUCGUCGACUAUGAGUACUCCGCGGAGCUGCUCGCACAGGCCGCUGAGCUUGGAUAUGCACCCAGCGCGUACCGCCUUGGUGAGUGCUAUGAGUAUGGCAAGAUGGGCUGCCCGCAGGACCCAGCGCUUUCGAUACAUUACUAUAACAUUGCCGCCCAGCAGAAUCACCGCGAUGCAUGCUUCGCAUUGACCGCAUGGUACUUGGUUGGUUCGCCCGGUGUUCUGCCCCAAUCAGAUACAGAAGCAUACCUCUGGGCACGGAAGGCAGCCGAAGCGGGCCUCGUGAAGGCGAUGUAUGCGGUGGGAUACUUUCUCGAAGUAGGCAUUGGUACAGAGCCCAACGUGACAGAGGCUACGACUUGGUACAAGCGGGCCGCGGACCAGGGCGACCGACGUGCCUCCCAGCGGCUCAAGGGCGGCCCCGUGCCCACGCCCGGUGGGCCGGGCUCCGUCCUUCACCGAAGUGCGAGCGACGAAGUCUCCACGUCAGCGGCUGGCAAAGGCGGGAAAGACAAGGACUGUAUCAUUAUGUGA